AUGGAUGCCUUCAACCCACUUCACCCUACAAACCCAGCCAGCGCGGGUCCGCCGGUUGAAAUGCUGCAAAAUUUACACAUUAGCCUUACUAUCCCUGCCCACGGCGGCAACAAGUAUCCUGCAAAACAACAUGCGCGAAAAGUCGCCUCGAAGCUUGGGAUUUCACACGGGCUUAUCUACCUCAUCGGCAAGCCGACGGUUCUCUUCGACGAUUCGGACCAGGCCGUGGUCUUUCGCCAGCGACGUUAUUUUUACUACUUGAGCGGGGUGGACAAUCCCGAUUGUCAUCUUACCUAUGAUGUGCGCUUCGACCUCUUGACCCUCUAUGUUCCCGAUUUCGACUUGCGACAAGCUGUGUGGAUGGGGCCAACGCUCACAACUGAAGAAGCUAUGGAACGGUUCGAUAUUGACAGUGCGAAAUACGUGAGCCAUCUUUCCUUCGAUAUAGAUGCUUGGCUCCAGGAUCAGGGUCGCAAGCACCAAAUCUAUAUCCUUCAUCCCGAUCACCGGCCACCGUCAAAAGGCGGGGACCAACAGCUAGAAAGUGAAAGCCUCGUAUCGGCCAUGAAUACAAGUCGUGGUGUCAAAGAUGCCACAGAGAUUGAAUUGAUACGGCGCGCCAAUAUCGUCUCGGGCCUGGCGCAUACGGCAGUUUUAGAAGGUAUUGGGAAGAUGACAGGAGAGUCGGAAAUUGCCGGUCUCUUCCUUGAGACAUGCAUUACUCAUGGCUCUCCAGAGCAAGCUUAUGGAAUCAUUGCUGCCUCGGGGGAGAAUGCCUCGGUCCUCCAUUAUAUGAAAAACGACGAGCCAUUUGGCAGCCGGCCAUUGGUGUGCCUUGACGCCGGGGCUGAGUUUUCCUGCUACGCCUCGGACGUGACUCGCACAUUCCCCAUUGGGUCUACGGGAAAUUGGCCAACGCUCGAGUCUCGCAAUAUUUACCGUGCUGUAGAAAGGAUGCAGGAGGAGUGUAUCCAAAUGAUUAAACCGGGCGUACGAUUUGGGGAUGUCCAUGCGCAUGCCCACCGAGUCGCGAUCGAGGAAUUACUGAAAUUGGGCAUUUUCCACACAGGUUCUGUGGAGGAAAUUCAACAAGCCAGAGCGUCGGUACUAUUUUUCCCGCAUGGCCUUGGACACCAUGUCGGGCUAGAAGUGCACGACGUGUCUGAAAAGUCGGUGAUGGCGUACGAAGAGACUGGCCCUGAGUUUAAGCUGGUGCCAGGCGUAGCGACAACGCUUUCGACGGUGCCUUUGGAAGAGAACAUGAUUGUGACGGUAGAACCAGGCAUCUACUUCAACCGGCUAGCCAUCGAGAACGCACGGAAGCUGCCGAUAGCACGGCUUAUCAACUUUAGCCUGGUGGAAAAGUACAUCCCCGUUGGCGGAGUCCGAAUCGAGGACGACAUCCUGGUCACGGCGGAUGGAUACGAGAACCUGACCACGGCGCCAAAGGGCGACAAGGCUCUAGAGAUCAUCCGGAAUAGCUCUAGUCGCUGA